UACAAAAUCAUGGCAACGCAUUAUCAGAGUUCACUUCGCGCAAGGACCAAGUUGAACAAACAUGCGCGGCGGUUGGUCUUGUGGUAAAUAACUUCUUUUCCAAAACACCAAAUCAGUCUAAAUCAGUCAUCAUGGCAUAGCAAAAGUACUAAACAGAAAAUGGCGCAGGACAACUUGCUUGGGACUCCUGAUGCAGCCGAUACGUCCUCCUUGCGACUGGCUGAUAUUGGGACUCCUGAAGCAGGUAUGCUGCCCCUGCGGUUGUCUGACAUCAUGACGCCCGAGGGAGACGAACGGACAACCGGUGAUGACGGGACAGUGACGGACAGCGGCCAUGAGGCAUCCGCUCCGUCCACGGCAACCGGAGGCUGGCAGGUCCCUGCUCAAGAUCGUUUGGGGAUUGGCUCCGACACACAGCGUCGUCUCAGGCACGAGGUCCGCGAUCUCAGUGAGGAGAACCAGCUACUGAGGCUCAAGCUGAACCUGCUACAGACGAACUCCAACCUAAAGCAGGUGGCACUGAUAGGCACAGUCAUCUCGUGGUUUGGAGACAAGGGUUUGCUGGAUGAUGACAUAAAUGCAGUGUACACGUUAACGUCCAUGAUGAUGCCGGCCCGUGCAGCGGACGAGCACGUAUCACCAGCAUUCACAGAGCGAAGCAAUGCCACUGCAGGCGGCCCACGCCAGAGUCGACGGACCGACAAUGGUCCCAUGGAAAGCCCUGAGAAGUCUGUAGUUCAAGAUCCUAAGUUUCGAAGUCCUGAAUCAAAUGCGGGAUACAGUCUAAAUGACAAUACCUCUGAGUGGCCCAGUCAGAGUUUAGAUGCUUCCUUUAACCCGCCAUUUUCGUCGUCAAAGAAGGAAAUGAGAUACCCCGUGGCCCUUCAAGGAGAUGAGACAUUGCUGGCGGGGGGCGGUACGGAUAAACAAAGAGGCAAACGAGGUACCUCUGUUAUCCCGGCCGGUUCUGAACUUCAAAAUGGUGCGGAGGCAAACGUGGAUUCAUUGGACGAGAGCACGAAGCGCUUGGACUCGCGAAUCCAACAAAUGGAGGACGCGGUCAGCGCCUUCGCCGGCCGACAAGCCGAGACCAAAAGUUACAUUGCCCGGCUACGCCAGAAUGCCACCAAGCGGUUCCGGGUGUGGAAGGCAAUCGAGGCCUCUCGCAACCUGGCGGCCGCGGAUUUGUCACUGGAUGACGACGACGAGGCGAGCAACGAGGAGCUGGCGACGCUGGGCGAGCAGUCAAUAACACCAACGCCGUUGACGCAAUAUCUGUCGUCCCGUCAAGCAGAAGAAACCGGCAAUUCCAACGUGGUGCACGGUACUCCGAGCAGGAAGAUUCUAGGCGAGAUCGCCUUCCAAGUCGAGCGACGAAUCCUUGCGUUUGUUUUCCAACGCAAAGAGAUUUUGUACGGCUAUAAUCUAGGAAACCUGGAGAUCAUGAUCCGCACGCACCCAGAUCAAGGUGGUCGUUCCGUGCUUCAUCGGCGAUACGAACUCUUGAUGGACGUACUGAGGAGCUACGGAUGGGUGAGGGGACGACACGCUCGGUUUAUCGCCGACGUGAUUGCCCGUUAUGGUACGCUCCGGGAUGUCGAGUCGGCCAAGGCUGAAGCGUUGAAGAGAGGUUGGAGCAAUCCCAGCGAGUUGAAGCGGGGCGUGCUGUGUCUCUGCCCCGUCAUGGAAGUUCUAGACAUGCUGGUGGUUCUCGACUGCCUGCUCCACAUGGCGCGUAACGACGGACAGCCGGUCUUCUUAUGGUAGCAAGACCAGAUCCAAGUCCCAUGCGUUGGGCAAUACGUCUGCAACUGAACACUGAUUUAGGAAUUUUCGUAUAGACUAGUAUGUAAAAGGUCCCAUGCACAUAAAAAUGUGGGAUUGUGGGAAUUAAAGACAAAUAUCAAUUAUCGCCCGCUUUAAUGCACAAAUGCCGCAUAUUCAAUACAUACGAAUGACUGAGUCUUGUGAUUUGCUCUUUCCACAACCUGUGUAACUUUAUUCUGCUUUUAAAAACACACUAUGGUGAGAAAUUUCCAUGAUUAAAGUCAAACUCUGCAGAAAUGGACACGAAUUAAAUUUAGUGUCUUUCAUAGUA